AUUGGGCUACCAUGGAACAUGGAUUUUAAGGUAAGCAUAAAACGGAUGUGCAUGCAACUUCUUCUUUUCGCUCACAUUCGCAGGGCGGAGAAGGAGGAGUUGCCUCGUGCACUGGUCUGCUCCCUGUCCGACUGCUCGCCCAAUCACCACACAGUGAAUGUCUUAUACAGGCGCCGUUUCAUUCAGUGAGCCGAGUAGCCUUUACGAAAAUGAUACUGGACAGAACGGUUGGACUGGCAACAAGUGCUGAUUUCUUCCUCAAACGACGUUCCCAUACCAAUUUCCAGGUAUUUAUAUUAGUCUGUUUUUUUCUCUUCAUAUUUCUAUUCAUAGAAGUAACUUUACAAAUAAAGCAAUUUCACAAGAAUGAAUGGAUGAGACUGAGGGGUGACACUCUCACAUGAUCUGGUAUUUUACGUUCAAAUUAGGCUAUGGUUUAUUAAAAUUGAUUGUUAUGGUAAAACCAUACUGAAUAAGUUUGAAACAGUUUACAGUUUAAAACGACUGCUUUCGUAUCACUAAAGUUACAUUAAGAGUGCAGCUAAAUUUAGAACUGGUUGGUUUUAUGUCAGUUGAGCAAAAGGUGUUGGUAGCUCUGACACCUGUUUUUUUAGGUUGUUUUCGCCAGGAUAAAAAUGCUUACUGAAAGGCUUUAGGGUUCUUUUUUUCUUUUACUAAUCUUAUGUUCAACUGAAUGUGCUCACUUGUAAUUAUUCGUCAAUGGUGUUUCAUGUGACCAGAGAGACAUUUUAUUUCAACUGUCAUCCUUGUAAGUUUAACCUACCAGCAGCCAGCUUAUACCAGCCUCUGUGAUGACAAUAUUUUCAGAACUAAAAUUUGAAUAAACGAUUUCUGUAUAUUUUUAGGUCAUGAUAGCAAGCAGGUAGAAUAUAUGACAGGUAGAUCUUUGUGAAUGAGCUAGAUUUUGUGUUGGUUGUUAACCAUCUAUAUAAUGCCUUGCCACUGGCAUGCUCAAUGAUUAAAGAAGGAGCCAGACGUUGUAUUCAGUUUAUGUGCUUUAUAUGUGGUGCAUAUGUCUUCCUUCAGAUGAAAGGUAGACAGAUAAUUGAUGAUUAUUUGCUUUGUCUGUGUAGUAUCCUUAUUGGUAGCCUAUAUCAACUAUAAUUUUUUUUUAACUCACUUCAGAGUCUUUCUUUGAUUAAUACAAUGCAGAGAUUUAAUGCAAAUGUUACCUGGUUUGACAGUUUGUAAGGGUUAGUCGUCUAAAAAAAAGAAAAGACAUGGCUCUUCUUGUAUCUCAAUGUUUCUCUGUACAAAUUAAUCCCAUUACACUCUUUGUUCAUACAUACUGAAGUAAACGGCGUGAAAGUGUUUUCAUCGCCUAAUGUCAGAUGAGAUGAAAUCCAAUAAAACUGAAAAAUAAAUAAAUUAUGUGUGGAAAGAACUGACCACAAGGGGGCAUAACGAUCUAAACUGGUGAUCUAGAUUAUGGCUUUGCACUUCUACCAUUCAGUAAAGGUAUGGCAAGAAAUCGUUUGUUGUUUCCAGUGUAACAUCUGAGAAACUGAUGUUUAGCUUAAUUUUGAGAGAUUGUUUAUAUUUAAUUUCCCUUUGCAAGUUUCCGGUUAAAUGUGCAUAAUCAGUAUUGAUAGGUUCUGUAUUGCAGAGCUCUAGAGGAAUGAAUUUCAUUUUAAACUUGGCCACCUCUUGUAAAUGUAUGUACUGUUACAAUUCAAUCAUAUUAUGGGUUGACUUUCAUUACCAGAGCAAAAUAUAUAAAUCAUAUAAUUUGAAAGAGGAAACCUGAUAUUGCUGUUAUGAUUCAGUGGCAAAUGAUAAUAAUGUUAGCGUAUGAAAUAAUAGUGCUUGGAGAGGGUACAAACUAAUGAUUGUUUUGGGGGAUCUAGGGUGUGAAAUCUUUGGAAGGGAAUAGCAUGAAUAUCAUGAGGAAAUGCCACUUAAACAACUUAAUUGAACAAUUACUCAUUCUGUUCUCUCUCUGCUUUGUGCCUUUUCAUCUUGGGAGGAGGAUGCAGGCUCUGAUCCCUUGCCAUCCUAUCUCUGCUGCCUGCACAUGACUCUCUCUUCAAACACUCAUCUCACGCUGAAUUUCUCUCCUGUCAACCUGUAAUGCAAUCUUGAGGAAUCUAAUUUUCCCGGCGGAUAGCCUCACUCAUUGUGAGCCUUCUCUCAUGAAUAAGACUUUGUUUGAAUCAAGUGUAACUAAUGGAAUGGAACCCACAAACCAAUCAGGAGGUGAAGCUGACUUCACAAGUUAAUUGCCGGUGAUUCCAUCAAUUGCUUAAAAAAAAUAAAAAAAAUGACUGCUCAUUAGGGGAGCAGAAACAGGACACAUUUAGUUGGAUAUGCAUUUCCUUAUGGGGACUCCUUUGCCGAGGAAUUUGCUCGUCUCAGCAUUCUACACCGUCACCCGAGGCUUGCUUUUUACAAUGCUGUUCACGAGCUCGCUGGCCUCCGCCUGCCCUAAAGGCUGCCACUGCUCGGAGCGCAACGGGCUGACGGUGGUGCAUUGCGCCUCGCGGAAUUUGGAAAGCAUUCCCCAGGACCUCCCCCAUGACACCGUCGCCCUCUUGCUCUCCUCCAAUCACAUCCGGAAGAUCCCCAACCAGGCCUUCAAAGACCUGCCGCGGCUACAGGAGCUGGACCUGUCACGGAACCGGAUCGAGACGGUGGACGCCGGAGCCUUCCACGGGGUGGCGGACAGUCUGCGCGUGCUGGACCUGUCCAACAACCUCAUCGAGACCGUGCCCAAGGAGGCCUUCGCUCGACUGCACGCCAAGAUCCGCCUGUCCAACAACCCCUGGCACUGCGAGUGCACGCUGCAGGAGGUGCUGCGCGAGCUCCAGCUCGACCCGGAGACGGUGAACGAGCUGAGCUGUCACACCUCUGUGCUGGAGGAGCACGCGGGCAAGCCCGUCAUCCAGGUGCUGGACUCCGGCAUUAACUUCUGUAACUUUCACCACAAGACCACUGACGUGGCCAUGUUCGUGACCAUGUUCGGAUGGUUCACCAUGGUUAUCGCCUACGUGAUCUUUUACGUCCGGCACAACCAGGAGGAUGCUAGGCGACACCUCGAGUACUUGAAGUCUCUGCCUAGUAGCUCUCAGAUAAGCAAAGAUUUUGACACAAUUAGCACAGUGUUAUAGCACAUGUGUUCUCUUUUCUCCUUGCUGUGUACUUUAUAUAUGUGGAUUGUUUUCCUUUUUUACAGAAUUUUUGGCACAGUUACCACAUAACUGCAAGCCUUAAAACCAAUACGGGACUGACUGCUCUCUUUGAGUACAUGUUUAGUAAACACUCACCCUCUAUUAUCUUGGUCCCUGUUGGUGAUAUUCGUUGAUUCGUUAAGCCUGGCCUUUUUACCUCCAUGACAAGUUCAUCCCAGGCCAUGUGAGACAUGAUAUGAUGUAGGCCUAAACAGACUCAAAGCAGCAUUUAUGAAAAUGAGAAUGAGAUCCUGAGGGGGAUUAUCCAUGUUUAUGAGUUGUAUCACCAUUCCCCAUUUUUUUUUAUCUACUGAGAUUUAAUUUUCCUCGGCAGGUGUUAAAUGCUUAUCAGUUUCCAUUUGUGAAAUACUUUACAUGUGAAUCAAAUAUAUUGUUUGGGGAAAAGGGAAUUUUUAUGUUGCCGCCUGAUUAUGUUGCUGUUUAUUAAGGCAUCCAUAAGUUAUACGAAUCAGUCUUUACGGUGUAUUUGAUAAGCAUAUCGCCACUGCCAAAUUCAGCACAAUUUGCCCUUUGAGGUUAAAAUGCUUAAAAUGUCAAGCCCAUUUCCAUGAGCCCAAGUGCCUACAUACUGGUCCCCUUACACCUUAGCACUGUGUAUCAGUCUAAACUGAUGUUAAAGCAACCUCUCUCCAAUUUGUCAUUGUCAGAUUUCUAUGUGCAACGCUCGAAAUGUAGGUUGUACUACAUGAACAUGUUUCUUUCCUUUUGUGCUUGAAUGUGAAAUGGAUUUUAUCUUACGGAGUCUCUAUAUUGUGUUUUGUGUUGAACACGCCCCUCCUCCAAGCUGUUAUUUCAUGUCGGCCCUUUUACUGUCUGUAUCUAGUGAAUUGUGCCACAAAGGCCUUAGGUAAACUUUGAUUGUAGGAAGAGGGGGGAAAUCUUUUAAUGUGUUGUAGCAAAAGAUAAAUAAAUCAAUCAAUAAAUAA